AUGAAAUUUCACCUACCCCACUGGUCACUGCUCAUCUCGCUCCUCUUCACAACGCUCGAAGCGAUUCCACGUGGCAGAAGAGCAAUUCGGAAUCGCAACGAAGGAGACAUCAAUUCGGUGACAGGAAUCGGCCGAUAUCUAGUCCAGGGAGACAUUGCCGUGGUGCAAACGAGGAGUCGGAGAGCUGUAAUCAAGCAGAAGCAUAAAAAAUGGAAACUACCAAUGCCCUAUUCUUUUGAUUGGAAUUUUCCCCGCCGAAGCCGUCUACGCGUUCUCGAAGCGAUGCGAUUCUGGAGUGAGAAGACGUGCGUGACGUUCCAAGAAAAUCGUUACGUCUAUCCACAUGUUCGAAUUUUCGAAGGAAACGGUUGUUGGAGUUUUGUCGGGAAGCAACAAAGUCUCAGAGAGCAAUCGUUGUCUUUGGAGAGCAGUUGUACGGAUCAUACCUUCGUCGUAGCCCAUGAAAUUGCCCAUACCCUCGGAUUCUUCCACGAACAUGCUAGAAUCGAUAGAGAUCAGUUCAUCUCGAUUGACUACUCAAAUGUGAAUCCAAAUUUGACAUUUGCUUUUGCAAAGGAAUCCGAAAAACAACUGGACCACCAAUCCGCUCCAUAUGAGUACGGUAGUGUUAUGCACUAUUCUGUGGAUCAGUUCGCUGUGAACACCAAUCGUCCAGUGAUCUACGCUAGAGAUCAAAAAUACGCGCAGGCGAUGGGAAAUCGAAUGAGAGCCACUUUUCAGGAUGUGUCAAGGAUGAAUGUGCUGUAUAAUUGUCAUGAAAGAUGCGCUAAUACCGUAAACCGAUGCCAACACGGUGGUUAUCCGGCACCCAGUGACUGUUCCCAAUGUGUAUGUCCCGAUGGAUUCGGUGGUCAAUUCUGUGAAACUAUCGAAAAUCAAUCGAUUGGACAGAACGGGAAUUCGGAUUGUGGUGGUAUACUUUGGACAUCCCCCUCGAAAAAUAUCGAAAUUAGAAUAAAAAAUAUCAUUUCUCCAUGCUCAAUGUCUUGCUCAUUUAAUGCGUUAGAGCUGAAAUUGUCGAAUUUCACAAUGACAGGGACCAGAUUCUGCUGCGAUGAGCACAUUUAUUCAUCCCACUCAAAUCCCAAAAUUUUCCAAUCCGACGGACCGUUGGCGGUUAUUGGAGCCUACGCCAGAUAUGAUUAUUUGGAUUUUAAUAUUGAAUAUCGAGGUGUUUAG